CCCCCACGUGACGAGCGCCCCCGCGUGACGCGCCGCGCUGCCGGCCAAGAUGGCGGUGUGCGUCGCGGUGAUCGCUAAGGAGAAUUACCCUCUCUACAUCCGCAGCACCCCCAUGGAGAAUGAGCUCAAGUUCCACUACAUGGUGCACACAUCCCUGGACGUGGUGGACGAGAAGAUCUCUGCCAUGGGGAAGGCACUGGUGGACCAGCGCGAGCUCUACCUGGGCCUCCUCUACCCAACAGAGGACUACAAGGUAUAUGGCUAUGUGACCAACUCCAAGGUGAAGUUUGUCAUGGUGGUGGACUCCUCAAACACGGCCCUACGAGACAACGAAAUUCGCAGUAUGUUCCGGAAGCUGCAUAACUCCUACACAGAUGUGAUGUGUAAUCCCUUCUACAACCCUGGGGACCGCAUCCAGUCCAGGUCAUUGUGGUCUGGGUGACAGCGGGUGUCCCCAGCUGUGCCAGGGCCUUUGACAACAUGGUGACAUCGAUGAUGAUCCAGGUAUGCUGAGCAGGUCCCUGCGCCUGCGCCUGCCUGAGAGCGGCGGUGUGUACAUAGCUGCAUGGAGAAUCUAUCGUCGUUCACCUUCCCACGUGUGAGGGUGCUGCUGGGAGUGGGGUUGGGCGCAUGCCUCGCCACUAAAGCUUGGGAGAUAGAGUCAGCCUGUUGUCUGUGUCAUCU